AAUAAUUGAUUUAUCUUUAUCCACUUUUGGAAGUACGUUCGGUUCUCUCUUAAUAAUCGAUUAUCGAAGUACUGAAAAAGAUGCACACACGCAACUUCGUUGAGCUUGCGCUCGCCGACCUUGCAAUCAAUGUUAUUGAGCUAUUGUAAACAGUUGUAUUCAAACUGUCAACGAACAUGCAUCUCAUUACGCUAAAUGAGAAUGAUUGCAAAGCGCGAAAUCUAAAAUACAAGGAAGACAUCGCUUAUGUAACCAAACAUAGUAAAUGGAUUUUGAAAUCCAUUGGCAUUUGGCCAUCAGUUCUUAAGGAUGUCUCAAGAUUUCUACCAAAAAUCGUGUUUGGAUUAUGUAACUUUGUCCUAUUUUUUGCCAUUAUACCAUGCAUCCUGUAUAUCGUAAUCGAAGAAAAUGAUACUAUGAUAAGAUUUAAAUUAUUCGGUUUAUUGAGUUUCUCUUUAGUUGCCUUGAUAAAAUACUGGACACUUUUAUAUCGCAAAUCAAGAAUCAAGAACUGCGUCAAACAAAUAUGGAUUGAUUGGAAACAGGUAGAAUUAUAUGAGGAUCGCAAAAUGAUGCUCAAAUAUGGACAAAUGGGUAGAAAUUUAAUAAUAAUUUGUGCUAUGUUCACAUACACCGGUGGCACUAUCUUUCACACGAUCUUACAAUAUAAGAUCGGUACAUUUAUUGAUGAAUAUAAUCGCACUAUCAAACCAGUGAUUUAUCCCACGUACAACGGUCUAUUUAAUGUACAAAGAAGCCCCAUUUAUGAAUUUGUAUACAUUCUUCAUUGCAUGUGUGGAUAUGUCAUGCAUUCUGUAACUGCUGGUGCUUGUGGAUUAACCGCACUUUUUGCAACACAUGCUUGUGGACAAAUUGAUAUCGUUAUAGCUCGAUUAAAUGAUCUUAUAUAUGGCAAAUAUAUCAAAGAAAAAAUUAAUCUGAACGCACGAUUUACAAAAAUUAUUGAACAUCAUUUGCGAAUAUUAAGAUUUUCAGCAACAGUACAGGUGAUAUUGCAAGAAUUAUGUUUUCUAGAAUGUAUUGACUCCACCUUUUUGAUAUGUCUGCUCGAAUAUUAUUGUAUAACGGAUUGGGAAUUAAAUAAUACCAUUAGUCUUACAACAUAUAUAAUAUUAUUAAUAUCUCUAAUAUUUAAUAUAUUUAUAUUAUGUUAUAUUGGUGAACUUCUAAUGGAAAAGAGUAGCAGUAUUGGAUUAUCCUUUUAUUAUUUACCAUCCAAAACAAUUCGGGGACUCAUCUUAAUGAUCGCCAUUUCGAGUAAUCCAACGAAAAUAAAUGCCGGUGGAAUAGUUGAUUUGUCUUUGUCCACUUUUGGAAAUUUAGCUUCCCUACAAUUUCAAACGUCCGGUUCUCUCUUAAUAAUCGAUUAUCGAAGUACUGAAAAAGAUGCACACGCAACAUCGUUGAGCUUGCGCUCGACGACCUUGCAAUCAAUGUACUGA